AUGAACAAAACCAUCGUUAUCACCGGCGGCGCAAUCGGAUUGGGCCGGGAACUCACGCGGCUUUACUGCGAAAGGGGGCAUCACGUCGUGAUUUGUGGCCGUACGCGAUCGGCAUUGGAAGAGGUCAGGUCUGCCCAUCAGAACGUGACUGCCGUUUGCGCGGAUCUCGCGGCACCGGAAGGCAGACGGCACUUUCUGGAGGAGAUCCAUGCUCUAGAAAUCGAAGUCGAUCUGCUGAUCCACAAUGCGGCGCUUCAAUUCACGUAUGACUUCGUGAAGGGCUGCGUGCCGGUUGAAAGGAUUGAAACCGAGCUUCUGGUCAAUCUCCUGUCGCCCAUGGAAUUGACGACGGACCUGCUCCCCUUGUUGAAAACAUCAGGGGACGCCCGUGUCGUCUUCAUCUCAUCAGCCCUUGCCCGCGUUCCCAAGCGGUCCGCACCGGUUUAUUGUGCCAGCAAGGCUGGAUUGUCGGUUUUUGCCAGGGCGCUGCGGUAUCAGCUCGAAGACACCGGGAUUCGCGUCUCGGACGUUGUUCCGGAUCUGAUUGUGACCCGGAUGGCACGUGGCCGCGGAGACAAGGCGCUUUCAGCGCUUGAAGCUGCCGGGAAAAUAAUAGCGGGCCUGGACAAGGGCAAGGAUGAAAUUCGACUGGGCCGCGUGCCGAUAUUGUACCUGUUGCACAGGUUUGUGCCAGGCCUUGCCUACAAGGUGUUGAAGGCUGCAUAA